ACCCUGCAUUCACUAUAUCUGGUCUCCCCGGACCCUGCAUUCACUAUAUCUGGUCUCCCCGGACCCUGCAUUCACUAUAUCCGCUCUCCCCGGACCCUGCAUUCACUAUAUCUGGUCUCCCCGGACCCUGCAUUCACUAUAUCUGGUCUCCCCGAACCCUGCAUUCACUAUAUCUGGUCUCCCCGGACCCUGCAUUCACUAUAUCUGCUCUCCCCAUCCCCGCAUUCACUAUAUCCGCUCUCCCCGGACCCUGCAUUCACUAUAUCUGGUCUCCCUGGACCCUGCAUUCACUAUAUCCACUCUCCCCGGACCCUGCAUUCACUAUAUCGGGUCUGCCCAAACCCUGCAUUCACUAUAUCUGGUUUCCCCAAACCCUGCAUUCACUAUAUCUGGUCUCCCCGGACCCUGCAUUCACUAUAUCUGGUCUCCCCGAACCCUGCAUUCACUAUAUCUGGUCUCCCCGGACCCUGCAUUCACUAUAUCUGCUCUCCCCAGUCCCCGCAUUCACUAUAUCCGCUCUCCCCGGACCCUGCAUUCACUAUAUCUGGUCUCCCCGGACCCUGCAUUCACUAUAUCUGCUCUCCCCACUACAGAGCUACAGCACACCAAGAUGUUUUAGACAAUUGUGGUCUGGACGACCACAAUUGUCUAAAACAGAAAAGGACCUUCUCCAAACUCAAGGCUGGACGCCUUGAGUUUGGAGAAGGUCCUUUUCUGUUUUAGCAUGUGUCCCUGUGUACCAAGCCAACUCCAUAGACAUAGUUUGACCAGUUCC